UGUCUGUUUGGAUUCCUGGGUUUGCAACUCCCUGAGCGCUGGGCUGGGCCGGGCUGGGCUCGCUGCGGCUGCCUGGCGUUGGGCGCUCUGAUCUAGCGCCUCCCUUUGAAAUCUACCCCUCCGGGUUUGUUUUUUUUAAAAACCCAGGUAUGAUGAUGUCAAACGUGAUGCUGAUGCUACAGUUACAGACUCGGCCCCCGUUGGCGCAGCCUCUCUGAUUCUCUCCUCCUCUCCGCGUCCAGCGCUGGGCUUUUUCAGACAAGUGCAUCUCCUAACCAGGUCACAUUUCAGCCUCGACCCACUAUCCGUCUGUCACCAGAGUCAGACCGGGCAGGGGGAGGGCUGAGGAAGACGACAGCGUUUGCUCCGCCACCGGUGGGGUGCGAGGAAGGACAUUAAAAUACUGCAGAAGUCAAGACCCCCCAGGUCGAACGCAGACCGCGAUGCACGCCCCGGGCUGCAGGCGGCUGGCGCUGCCGCUGCUGCUGCUCGUUGCCGCAGCCUUGGCCGAAAGCGAUGCCAAGGGGCUCAAGGAGGGCGAGACCCCCGGCAAUUUCAUGGAGGACGAGCAAUGGCUGUCGUCCAUCUCUCAGUACAGCGGCAAGAUCAAGGACUGGAACCGCUUCCGAGACGAGGUGGAGGACGAUUACAUCAAGAGCUGGGAGGACAAUCAGCGAGGAGAUGAAGCCCUGGACACCACCAAGGACCCCUGCCAGAAGGUGAAGUGCAGCCGUCACAAGGUGUGCAUCGCCCAGGGUUUCCAGCGGGCCAUGUGCAUCAGCCGCAAGAAGCUGGAGCACAGGGUCAAGCAGCCUGCCCUGAAACUCCAUGCAAACAAAGAUACCGCCUGCAAGCCCUGCCACAUGGCCCAUCUUGCCUCCGUCUGCGGCUCUGACGGCCACACUUACAGCUCUGUGUGUAAGCUGGAGCAGCAGGCCUGCCUGAGCAGCAAGCAGCUGGCAGUAAGAUGUGAGGGCCCCUGCCCCUGCCCCACGGAGCAGGCCACCAUCGCCACCACCUCCACCACGGAUAGCAGACCAGAGACCUGCACGGGGCAGGACCUGGCCGACCUGGGGGAUCGGUUGCGGGACUGGUUCCAGCUCCUCCACGAGAACUCCAAGCAGAACAGCUCAGCCAGCAGCGGAGCCAGCCCGGCCAGUGGCCUGGACAAGAUCCUGGGGGCCAGCUGCAAGGACUCCAUCGGCUGGAUGUUCUCCAAGCUGGACACCAGUGCUGACCUCUUCCUGGACCAGAUGGAGCUGGCUGCCAUCAACCUGGACAAGUAUGAGGUCUGCAUCCGUCCUUUCUUCAACUCCUGCGACACCUACAAGGAUGGCCGAGUCUCCACCGCUGAGUGGUGCUUCUGCUUCUGGAGGGAAAAGCCCCCCUGCCUGAUGGAGCUGGAGCGCAUCCAGAUCCAGGAGGCUGCCAAGAAGAAGCCAGGAGUCUUCAUCCCGAGCUGCGACGAGGACGGCUACUACCGGAAGAUGCAGUGUGACCAGAGCAGUGGCGACUGCUGGUGUGUGGACCAGCUGGGCCUGGAGCUGACCGGCACCCGCACGAAUGGGAGCCCCGACUGCGAUGACAUCGUGGGCUUCUCGGGGGACUUUGGGAGCGGCGUCGGCUGGGAAGACGAGGAGGAGAAGGAGACGGAGGACGCGGGAGAGGAGGCCGAGGAGGAGGAGGGCGAGGCCGGCGAGGCCGACGACGGAGGCUACAUCUGGUAG